AUAGCUAUAUGCAAAAGGCUUUGGACACUUUUUUUUAAGCACCACCUCUUUAAAAGCCUUCUAAAGCGAAAGCGCCCGUGAAACGGGCCCUGCACUUCAUGAAGGGAGUCUUUUGUAUGAACAACAAGACCUCCAGUGGAUCCUGACAGUGCUGGAGUCAGAGUUAGGACCUUGUCCAUUCUGAGAAAGCACUCUACCAACUGAGUGAGAUAUACUCAGGCCAAUUCUCAGGUUCUUCCAGUACUUCUGUGAGGUGGUUAGAUCUGGAGCUAGAGGUAAAGAAACUUGCAAGAUCACCAAGUGGCAGACGUGGAACUCCAAAACCAGGGCUCCUGCUUCUUGGUCCUGUGCGCUUGAACUGCAGCAGGCUGGCAGCCUCUGGAUGAAUGUGAAGGACCAGCUUCUCUGUGAUUGUACUACACCGACUUUGAGGCAUGAUGAAUUCUAGAAGGACACGACGUAGAACAUCUGGCCGUAGGGUCAACUCUAACUUGAGCCUGUGUUGUUGCCUUCCAUUGUUUGAAUGUCGUCGACGAUCCAAAAAUCAGCGGUCGGCGGACACCCCGCUCUCCCAGCUCCUGAGAUAUCCGCCGGUGACGAGGUCAGCGGUCACUGAAUACGGGGCUCGGAGUCUCUUCCGAGGCGGCAGCGAGGACGCUCAGCAGGCGGGAUGUGUGCUGGUGCUGGAGACGGGCAGCUCCUGUUCGAGUGCUCCUGAAGAGGCGAUGCUACCAUUCGCUGCUCCGGAGGAUCCCUGGGACGACCAAGAAAUGGAGGUGUUCGGCAGCAGCGGCGGGGCGUGCGGCGGCGAGCCACAGGAUAUGUUUGCCCCGAAGAUGGCUGAAGUUAUACAAGAACAUGAACAGGAAGAGGUGGAGGACAUGGGGGAUUAUCUCAGACUUUGUAAGACAACAGAGGUUGUACAAGAACAUGAACCUGAAGAGGUAAAUGAUCUUAAAAUGGUUGAUGAGCCAAUGGAAGAGGGAGAACCAGAAUCUAGCCUGGAUGAAGAUGUUAAAGAAAUCCCUAUUACACAUCAUGUGAAAGAAGGAUAUGAGAAAGCAGAUCCUGCACAGUUUGACCUGCUCAAGGUUCUUGGUCAGGGGUCUUUUGGAAAGGUUUUUCUUGUUAGAAAGAAGACUGGUCCUGAUGCUGGGCAGCUCUAUGCAAUGAAGGUGUUAAGAAAAGCUUGCUUAAAAGUUCGAGACCGCGUUCGCACAAAGAUGGAGAGGGAUAUUCUGGUGGAAGUAAAUCAUCCAUUUAUCGUCAAACUACACUAUGCCUUUCAGACUGAGGGAAAGCUGUAUUUAAUCUUGGAUUUCCUCAGAGGAGGAGAUGUCUUCACAAGAUUAUCCAAAGAGGUUCUUUUUACAGAGGAAGAUGUGAAAUUCUACCUUGCCGAAUUGGCCCUGGCUUUGGAUCAUCUGCAUCGAUUAGGAAUUGUGUAUAGAGACCUGAAACCAGAGAACAUCUUGCUUGAUGAAAUAGGACAUAUCAAGUUAACAGAUUUUGGGCUUAGCAAAGAGUCAGUGGAUCAAGAAAAGAAGGCAUACUCAUUUUGUGGCACCGUCGAAUAUAUGGCUCCUGAAGUAGUAAACAGAAGAGGCCAUUCUCAGAGUGCUGAUUGGUGGUCAUAUGGUGUACUUAUGUUUGAAAUGCUUACCGGCACUUUGCCGUUUCAAGGUAAAGACAGAAAUGAGACCAUGAAUAUGAUACUGAAAGCAAAACUUGGAAUGCCUCAAUUUCUUAGUGCUGAAGCACAAAGUCUUUUGAGGAUGUUAUUCAAAAGGAAUCCAGCAAAUAGAUUGGGAUCAGAAGGAGUUGAAGAAGUCAAAAGACAUGCUUUUUUUGCAUCUAUUGACUGGAAUAAACUAUAUAAAAGAGAAGUUCAGCCUCCUUUCCGACCUGCUUCUGGAAAACCAGAUGAUACUUUUUGUUUUGAUCCUGAAUUUACUGCCAAAACACCUAAAGAUUCUCCUGGUUUGCCAGCCAGUGCAAAUGCUCAUCAGCUCUUCAAAGGAUUCAGCUUUGUUGCAACUUCUAUUGCAGAAGAAUAUAAAAUCACUCCUGUUACAAGUGCAAAUGUAUUACCAGUCGUCCAGAUGAAUGGAAAUGCUGCUCAAUUUAGUGAAGUCUAUGAAUUGAAAGAAGAUAUUGGUGUUGGUUCUUACUCUGUUUGCAAGCGAUGCAUACAUUCAGGUUCCAACAUGGAAUUUGCAGUAAAGAUCAUUGAUAAAAAUAAACGAGAUCCCUCCGAAGAAAUUGACAUUCUUAUGCGUUAUGGACAACAUCCCAACAUUAUCACUUUAAAGGAUGUCUUUGAUGAUGGGAGAUAUGUUUACCUUGUUACGGAUUUGAUGAAAGGAGGAGAACUACUAGAUCGUAUUCUCAAAAAAAAGUGUUUCUCAGAACAGGAAGCUAGUGAUGUGCUGUAUGUAAUAACAAAGACAGUUGAAUAUCUUCAUUGUCAAGGAGUUGUUCAUCGUGAUCUUAAGCCCAGUAAUAUUUUGUACAUGGAUGAAUCAGCCAAUGCAGAUUCAAUUAAGAUCUGUGAUUUUGGGUUUGCAAAACAGCUUCGAGGAGAAAAUGGACUUCUGUUAACUCCGUGCUACACUGCAAACUUUGUAGCACCUGAGGUUCUCACUCAACAGGGAUAUGAUGCUGCUUGUGAUAUUUGGAGUUUAGGAGUCCUAUUUUACACUAUGUUGGCUGGCUACACUCCAUUUUCCAAUGGACCCAAUGAUACUCCUGAAGAAAUACUCCUGCGUAUAGGCAAUGGGAAGUUCUCUUUGAGUGGUGGAAACUGGGACAAUAUUUCAGAUGGAGCUAAGGAUUUGCUUUCUCAUAUGCUUCAUAUGGACCCACGUCAGCGUUAUACUGCUGAACAAGUAUUAAAACACUCUUGGAUAACCCAGAGAGAACAGUUGCCGAGGGAUCAGCCAAAGACAAAUGAUGCAUCACAUGUUGUUACGGAAGCAGUGGUUGCAACAUAUUCUGCCUUGACUCCCAAGUCCUUCCAACCAAUUCUAGAGCCUGUUGCUGCUUCAAGUUUAGCUCAGAGACGGAGCAUGAAAAAGCGAACAUCCACUGGCUUAUUGGUGCCUAGCCCAACUGUUACCAGAGAGGCUUCAUCCAGCAACUGAUGGAAACAGAUGCAGACCCACAACCAAACAUUAGGUGGACCUCGGGGAAUCCUGCUGAAGAGGGGGAGGAAGUAUUGUAGAGGCCAGAGGUGUCAAGGACACCACAAGAAUAUCCACAGAAUCAACUAACCUGUUCUCAUAGGACCUCACAGAGACUGAACCGACAACAAGGAAACCUGCAUGGGACUGACCCAGACCCUCAGCAUAUAUGUUAGAAUUGUGUAUCUUGGUCUUCUUGUGGGACUCGUAACAAUAGGAGCAGAGGCUUUCUCUGACUCUUUUGCCAGCUUUUAGGAUCCUUUCCCUCAUAUUUGGUUUCCUUGGCCAGCCUUAAUGGGAGGGGAGGUGCACUGCAACUUUAUAUGCCAUGUUUGGUUUAUAUUCAUGGGAGCCCUGUCUUUUUCUGAACAGGAACAGGAGUCUAUGGGGAAGGCAGAAGGGAGAUGGGGGGAGGGACUGGGAGGAGAGGAAUGAGGGGAAACUGUUCAAGUUGUGAAAAAUAAAUGCCUAUUAAAAGAAAAGAAAAUAAUCGUAAAUCUAAUAGUGUUUAAAGAAAAUAAUCGUAAAUUCUAAUAGUGUUUAAUAGUUUAAGAACACAAAAGGUAAAAUGUGCCAAUUUAAUGAGCAGAUUGUCAAUGUUGAUUUAGAAACGUCAAUCAUAUACAUUGUCUAUACUAUAAAGAAUUUACUUCAGAUACAAUGGUAUAUGUUAGUGUAAGUUGAAAAUAAAAGAUUGGAAAUAUA